AGGAGCUGAUGAUCACGUCUGGAUCACUCUGGCUGUCUUCCCUCCCCUGUCAGGCCUGUCUGAUGGCUCCCUUGCCCCUCUCGGGCCGGAGCUUGCCCAUGUUUCACAGCCAUCAGCCAUCGCUCGAGGCUGGUCCCGUCUGUCCUGCCGUCUGGCCCGUCUGGGCGCGCGGAGGGCUCGAGAUGUGGGGAUUUCCUUGCUGGGCCGGCCCUGAGGUCAUCGUUCGCUCGCCGGUGGUCUCGAUUCCUCGAUGGAUCACCUCAACGGCCAACAUCCCUUGACCACACGUGCCGCCAACCGACCGGUCAAUAGUCCGGCAAUGUGUUGCCGUGCUUGCGAUGAAGGGGAAUAGUGUGUAUACCUAGUAUGUACAGUAGCCCAACGGCUUGUUCCAUUGGCUGACGCGACGCAAACCAUGUGCAUGUAUCACAAUUCAACCCCCUUUGAUUUCAUGUGACGUCAACGUGUCUGCCCUCUUGUUCGUGACUGUUAUAGAUGCUUCAUGGCGCCCUUUCCCUAGACCACCUCCUGUGACCGUGUUUCUCUUCAGACCGAUCCAGAACAGCUGCAAGCAUAACAGCCUCAGCCCGAGGCAUCGACACCCCUGGCUCCGUACUGAGCUCCCGCUCUCGUUCACCACCUCCACCUGGCCCAUUUCCGAAGGUUCAGCCAGUGUCAGUCCUCCUCAUUCCGAACCAUACCUAUCAUCCUCAACAAUGGGGAUCUUCAGUCGUAAACCCCGUGACGGCCCGGCAGCACAUUCAGCCGGUACUCAUUCCAAACACCACAAUGACAAAGGCACGCCGUACUACUCCAUGAGCUCGCGGCCGUCAUUUGGCCAGUGGCUGAAGCACACAUGGCUCGACAUUGUCACAAUGAUUAUAAUGGGCGCGAUAGGUCUCGGUGUCUACGAGGCUCAUCCAGCACCAACGCGCUCGUUCCCCGUCCUCUUCUCCGAUGGCGAAAUCGUCUACCCCGAGUUUGCCUACCCCCUCCGGAAAGAGAUCAUCCCCAUCUGGGCCGCUGCGAUGCUGGCCGCUCUUGUUCCCAUCUUCGUCUUCCUGGUCAUGCAGAUCCGCGUUCGCUCCUUCUGGGACGUCAACAACGCCGUCAUCGGCCUGCUCUACUCCUUGAUCACUGCCGCCGUCUUCCAGGUCUUCAUCAAGUGGCUGAUAGGAGGGUUGCGCCCGCACUUCCUGACUGUGUGCCAGCCUGAUAUUUCUCUUGCCACAAACAGCGCCGAUGGUGGCUACAAUGCCGCCGGGUUCAAGCAGAUCUACUACACAUCCGAGAUCUGCACCGGGGACCGGAACCAGAUCGACGACAGCCUCGAAUCGAUGCCGUCGGGCCACACGACAGCCGCCUUUGCAGGCUUCGUCUAUCUGUACCUGUACCUGAAUGCCAAGCUCAAGGUCUUUUCCAACUAUCACCCCGCCAUGUGGAAGCUGAUCGCCAUCUAUGCCCCGAUCCUCGGCGCAUGCCUCAUUGGUGGUGCCCUGACAAUUGAUGAGUUUCACAACUGGUACGAUAUUUUCGCUGGCGCAGUUAUCGGAUCGGUCAUGGCGUUCUCGUCCUACAGGAUGACAUAUGCAGCGAUCUGGGACUGGCGCAUUAACCACAUUCCCCUCAACAGGGGUGCGGCGUUUGACUUUGGCAACGCCGAGCUCACGCAUGCUACUUUCACGAGGAAGGUCGGCUGGGGUACAUCUACCGGCGGUGGUCUCAGCGGACACCACGCCUAUGGACACGACCGCAACUCGUCCAUCGGCAAUAGUGGCGUUUCCAGGAAGCCGGUUGGCUCUGGCAGAGCUCCUGAGGCCAUGUUCUAAGGAAUGAGCGGGGUGGACAACCCGGAAGAGAAUGGGAGGCAGUCAGGUAGGAGGCUUUGCUGUGCGAGAAGGGUGCAUAGUCGUGAUCAUGCGUGAUACCAAUACAUGAACGGAGGCACGCCUUGGAGUGGGUGCGGCUUCAAUGCUCGCAACUUUCGAAUCUGAACAUCUACCGUCGCCGCCGCUUGCAAUGAAGCUGACGAAUACACGAUACCCAUAUGAAUUACGUCAGACAAUUAAUUCAAUUAAUAAUUUCCAA